AUGUCAUCCAACCUCCCUGAUACUUUCCACGACUCGGACUCGGAUUCAGACUCCAACUCAAACAGUCAUGGAAGUACAAAGUCAUCUACUUAUGAAAGUGGCAAAGACAAUGUAACUGGCGUGACGUCUACUCCCCCUCGCAAGCCAAUUGAACUGACUGUUUCUACAGUCGGUGUAUCUGGAACUCCUGGUAGUGGCACUACUUUCACCGUACCAAUAUCACCUUCUGCUACAUCACCAGCAUCAGGAAGAUCUGCUUCGUCUCCAACUGUCACUAAUAAACCAUCAUUCAACGACCUUUCAAGUGGUCUGGGUGGUAUUUCUAUAGCUUCUACGGCAGGAUCUCGAGUUGGUGGUGGUACUACUGGUACAGGAGAUUCCGGAAACAUAAACCGAUCCAAACUUGAUCCUGUUCCAUCUUUUACGAUUCUUCCUCAAAAGAAGACCACUCGUCGUAAUUCAGACGUGGAUGCAAUUCACCGAUCGUUGCCCAAGUCGCACGUUUCACCAGCUCAACUCUACUCUACAGACUCGGGUCAUUUAUACCACGCAGGUAAACUGUGUAUUGUAUUAGUGGGUCUUCCAGCCCGUGGUAAAACCCAUCACGCAGUAGCAUUGACAAGAUAUCUUCGUUGGUUGGGUGUCAAGACCCAUGCGUUCCAUUUAGGCGACUAUCGUAGAAAGCUGACCCCCAAGGAUUUCCGGGUUCCAGACGACUAUUUCAUGCCCAAUGCAUCCAAAGAAACCAAGGCUUUUAGACAAAAGGUUGAAGCAGCCUGUCUAGCUGAUAUGUUCAAGUUCUAUGAUGAGGAGAACGGCCAAGUUGUUAUUUACGAUGCAGUGAAUGGUACUUCUGCCAAACGUAGAGCGUUGGCCAAGACCAUGACAGACCGUAAUGUUGGUGUUUUGUUUGUUGAAUGUUUUUUCACCGACAAGAAUCUUGUGGCAAGAAAUGUUCGAGACGUCAAGAUAUCGUCUCCCGAUUACCAAGGAAUGGAUCCCGACGAGGCUGUUAAACAUUACUUGCGAAGAAUUGAGCUUCGUAUUCCGGAUUAUGAAACAAUGACAGAGACUGAGUUGACGUAUGUCAAGCUAGUCAAUGUGUCAGAACGGUUCAUUAUCAACUAUGGAGAACGACACUUGGGAUAUUUAUUCAACCGGAUUAUAUUCUUCUUGAUGAACUCACGAAUCAAGGUGGGUAGUGUAUUCUUUGCCCGUGCUGGAUCUGGAAAUGCCUCUAAUGAAGAAGAUGAUUAUAAAUCAGAUGGCCAUUUAUCUGGAAAAGGUGAGGAGUAUGCCGAAAAGCUGAAAGAGACAUUGUGGGCACAUAUUGACGAACGUCGACUCAAACUUGCACAAAUCUCAGCCCCUGAUCUGGCACUGGAUAAGAAAUUGCAACGACAAGCUCGAGUAGCACAUGAAGUGUUGCGGUCGUCAAUGUCUUCUGGAACAGGAACUGAUUUUAUGGAGAAUAUUUCACCGCCUGUCACUUCAGGUACUUCGACACCCAAUUCAUCGGCCGACGCAAGAGCUAUCUCGACCAUUAGAGCCGAUGCCCUGAAUUUCCAAGAUAAGUCCAACGUGACAGUCUGGUGUUCGACAAGACUUCGAACAGUACAAACUGCCGAGCGGUUUGCACAAGAAGGCAAUAAAACUAUUCAACGCAGUCUCCUCAAUCAACUGAACCCCGGUGUCGCUGGUGGGCUCACUGAGGCCGGAUUAAAAGAAGAGUUCCCUUACGAGUAUCUUCGACACCAGCAAGACCCGUAUCACCACCGCUACCCUCGAGCCGAAUCGUAUCAAGACGUGGCAGUUCGUCUCGAAAGUCUCAUCCUAGAGAUGGAACGCACCCAGGGAGACCUCCUCAUAAUAUGCCACGAAACUGUACUCCGUGUUCUCUACGGCUAUCUCAUGGCCUGCUCGGUGGAAGACAUCCCUUUCCUACGGUUCCCCCGCAACGAAAUCGUCGAAAUCGUGCCCAACGCAUACAUCAACCAGGGCAACCGUAUCACGAUCCCCAACGUUGACCCUUAG